AACGGUCAGGAUGCAGAUUAGCGCCUGGACCGGAACACUUCUCGAAUCAGAUGGCUAUGAAAAGUCGGACCUUAACUUGAAUCUAGGGAACCAUCCACACAGUUCCCGCUCUUACUCUGAGCCUACUGCCUGAGCGGCUCAAGCAUUGGUAAAACCACGGACGGUCUUAUUUAUCAGGGCGGUCUUGGACCACGUGAUACCCCAAAUCUGGUUAAUUGAUUGGUUGCCCGUCUGACCAAUCACCUUGCGACGCCCUUCCGUCAUUCGCCAUUUUAAGAUGUGGCACUGCACGGCAGUGGAAUCGAGUGAAGCCUGUAGAAGCCAUUUUGGUUGAGGGCGGAAGUGAUUGCUGCGUGGUGUCUGCAGCGCCGGAAAAAAAUCCUGACUGGUGGGAGAGCGGCGUUCAUCAUGCUCCGUCGGGAGGCUCGCCUGCGCCGCGAGUACCUGUACCGCAAAGCCCGGGAGGAGGCGCAGCGAUCUGUUCAGGAGAAGAAGGAGCGAGUCAAGCGUGCUCUAGAACAAAACCAGCUGAUUCCCACUGACCUCCGCCGGGAGGCUCUAGCCUUACAGGGGUCCCUGGAGUUCGACGAUGCUGGCGGUGAAGGUGUAACCAGCCAUGUAGAUGAUGAAUAUCGGUGGGCUGGCGUUGAGGAUCCUAAGGUCAUGAUCACUACCUCCCGAGACCCCAGUUCUCGCCUGAAAAUGUUUGCAAAGGAACUGAAGCUGGUAUUCCCAGGUGCCCAGCGCAUGAACCGAGGUCGGCAUGAGGUUGGAGCGCUAGUGCGAGCUUGCAAAGCCAAUGGGGUUACCGACCUGUUGGUCGUCCAUGAGCAUCGAGGCACACCUGUGGGGCUCAUCGUCAGCCAUCUGCCCUUCGGUCCUACUGCCUACUUCACACUGUGUAACGUCGUCAUGCGGCACGACAUCCCUGACCUGGGCACCAUGUCAGAGGCCAAGCCUCACCUCAUAACUCAUGGCUUUUCCUCACGGCUGGGCAAGCGGGUGUCUGAUAUCCUUCGAUACCUAUUCCCUGUGCCAAAAGAUGACAGCCAUCGGGUCAUCACAUUUGCAAACCAGGAUGACUACAUUUCAUUCCGGCACCAUGUCUACAAGAAGACAGACCACCGCAAUGUGGAGCUGACUGAGGUUGGGCCUCGAUUUGAGCUCAAGUUGUACAUGAUUCGCCUGGGCACACUGGAGCAGGAGGCCACCGCAGAUGUGGAGUGGCGCUGGCACCCCUACACCAACACUGCCCGCAAGAGGGUCUUCUUGAGUGCUGAGUGAGCUGAGCCGCCAGCCAGUCAGGAUGCAGACUUGGAAUCCUAGAUCAGAGACUUGUCACGGACAGAUUCACUAAUCCUAAGUGGAGACUAGAGGAAUCUAAAUAAACCCUCUGUCGUCGUGUACCAGCUGCCUCUAACUAGUCACAGUGGGACUACUGUCUGUCAGGACAAACCUGAAAGAUGAAACCCACAGAGUGUCUGUGGGUUGAGGACCUAAUGACUGUGGACUGAAUAGUCAUCCUCAGGCUGGGGUAGGAGUGCAGAUCUGCACUGGAAAAUGAAUGAUUACCUUCUUGGGAGUUGGGCCCUGUGAGCACUUUUUUCCUGUGGUUUAGGGUCAGUCUUUGUCACCAGCAGCAAGCGGACACCAUUCAAGUGCCAGCCUAACUUGUCGGUUCAACUCUGCCAGGCAAGUGCACCCUGCUGUAACUUCCGAGCUUUUCCACUCAGCCUCCUUGUUCACCGAGAUAAUGAUGGAGACUUAAUGCUUCAUGAAUAAAUGCCUAGGCCAAUA